CCAUCAAGACUAAGUAGGUAAUCAAUACAUGAGAGUGAGGGAAACACAACCUAUCUUCUUGCUCAACCUCGCUCUUUGUUUCAACUUCUGAGCAAUGACCUAAAACUAAUCCAUUUGAAAUUGCAAAAGGUGGAGUUUUGACAUUAUAUUUUGGCUCAGUGCAGCACAUUGCAUUUGUUGCAUUCUAAAAUUCUGCUACUGUGUCCUAUUCCUGAAUGUUGCAUAGCCUGAAUAAUUUUCCUAGUCUAGUUUUUUUCUCACUCCUGACUAGAUAGUAGUUUAAUGACUUAAGACUGAAUUUAUGAAUAGGUAAUACUGUAGGAUCUUGGAAAAUGACUCAUUAUUAACCUCGAAAAGACAGYGAUAUUAGUAGUCCAUUAGUUCAUUACAAUGUGAGUAAUACAGUACCAAGACGAACACCACAAGGCAACCCCCACUACUUCUACUCUUCGACAAAUGGGUCUUUGUAAAUCAGCAUGCGGUACAAAGCACGAAAAAAACUCCAGGGAGUUUCGAUCCGCUGCUGAAGCCGGGCCUCGUAUUCUUGCUUCCACGUCCCCGAGUCGAGUCGCUUGAUCACAAAGUCUUCAAUCACCCGAAUCGCAUUCAGAAUCCCAUCUUCCUUCCCGAGCUCCGCCGCAACCUGUUUGCAUUURGAGCGAAUGGUGUCGACMUUCYGGUUGCCGUUCUCAGCCUCACUGCUACUAGAAGAACACCGCACCAGGACAUCUGCCAGCUCCUUUGCCUUGAUCUUUCGGAGGGGCUUUUGGAAACCGACCCCGCAGCCGGAAUCUUCAAUCAGGGAUGCGUUAUCGUACUGAUCGGCGAUACAGGGUGUCACAAUGGUCGGGACACCCGAYCGAAAGGCAGCCGCGGUGGURCCCGCUCCACCGUGGUGGACCGUCACGCAGCACCUUGGGAACAGCCACUCGUGGGGGGCCGAUUGCAAAAACAGAACGUGCUUCUCGGCGUAGUCGCAGAGAUCCCUGUCCUGUUCCUUGUCCAGCAUGUCUGGAUUCAGCUUGGCAAAUCCUCCCAGAACAAUACCCGACAGCCCCGCGAGUUUCAGGCUCUCGAUCGCCAAUCGAGUCAUGUGUUCGGGCGAGACGGCAACCAUCGAUCCCCACCCGAUGUACGCCGGUUGCGAACACAACAAAUCUGUUCCAUAUCGUUGCUGGUCUUCGAUAAACUCGAGCACAGUCUUCUGCACGUCGACUCCCUUGGUAUUGUUCGAAAAGUUUGGAUCCCCAGUCCGAGCCAAUUCUUCCUGGAUCGCUUUCGAGACGUACCAGUUGCCCGUCCAUACACUCCGUUCGGCAUAGAUCGGCGGCAGGUCGUCGAACUUAGAUUUUGGGAGGAUCGAAUCGGAGAUGGCAAACAAGUUGGGAGCCAGCGGGUUCAUCCACUCCCGGGCGAAUUGCCCCGCACCGUUUUCUCCCAGCAGCCGCUCCGACUCGGGGACGGCAUUGGGACCAGCACCAGGUCCACCGGCAACCAAUUCCUUGUGCAUCGUCCCAAGCAAGGAAUCUCCUUCCUCGUUCUUCAUAUUCAAAACCAUGCUCAUGCUGCACACCAUGAGAAACGACAUAAACCUGUGCAAGCAUUGCGGCUCGUGCAUUUCGGUUUGGGUUGCCCUGCUGAUGGGCAAGAAACUAAAGGGCCCGAGAUCCGCAUGGAAGACCGGCACCUUYAGUGCCUGGCCGAUGGCCGAGGCCUGKAACCACAUYAUGGUUGUACCCAGGAUCAUGUCCGGUCGAAAGUCCCUUGCGAUCUUCCACUGCUCCGAAAAUUCUUUCGGAAAGUGGCGGACGAACUGCUUGCUCAUGAAGGCUCCAAAGGCCACGGCGUUCCCGGUUUCCAUCGCGUUUUUCAUCUUUGGAUUCUCGCGGAUCAUUUUCGCCAUGUCAAAGUGCACCCCCUCCGCCUUUACCCCCAGGCUCCGAAAGAUGGACACGCCGUCGUUGACGUUGGUGAUGCCCAGCACCUCGAAGCGCACACUGCCCUCUUGGUAAUCCUGCAAUCCCCGGGCCAGGGCCGCAAAGGGCUGAACGUCGCCCCUCGAGCCGAAGCAACAUACCAAAAUCCUGCGCUUUGUUUGUUCCCCGGCAUCCAUUGCGCUUCGUACGGUCUGAUUUAUCGGCUCGCGUCUUUUGGAUUGGAUUGGAUUGGAUUSGAUUGGAUCCGGUGAGGGUGAUUCGAUUUCCCGAUCAAUACAGAAGAGUGUUUUCGUGUGGGAUUUACUGAAUCUUUGCUUCGAUUUGAAUCAGCUUGAAAGUUACGAAAAGUAGAAUUAACCGCACACGAUUGA